CCCGGAUGUUGUGCAUGUGAUACGUAGUAACCAUCCAAACCGCACGACACAUGUCUGACGACGCGAAGUAUCGACGGACAUCCUUGCGUUUUAGCUGGCCCGCAAGAAAAUGCCAGCUACUUUCUAGACGUCCCGAGAGACAAAAUAUGAACUAUGAACAGCUGAGAAAGCUACAAAGUCUUUAUAAGGAGGCAGAGGAAGCAGAUAUUGAUAGCAGAGCGAAGAUACAUGAAGAUUUCAUGCAGCAAUGCAGACAAAUGUUUCAUCCUACAAGUUCUCGUCUUUCUGCCAGAAGACUUUCUGCACCGUGGACUGUAGACAAAUCGCAAACAACGAAAUCAACGCCUGCUAUUGCACUACCUCGUAUUAAGACUAUUCCAGAAAGUAGAGAAUCAAAUGAAUCAAGUCACAAUAUCAGUGAGUACAUUGCUCGCAUCCACACAACUCACUGCAAAGAUCCAUAUGAUUUGAAACUACGUGAAAGAAUGAAGGCUAUUCAUCAACUAUUAGAGACAAUGCCAUUUGAAAGACGUGCUGCUGACAACAAAUCAUUGUAUCAUCAUCUUUCAAGAAUUGAGCCCUUAGCUUCUCAAGUCUCGUCACAAUUGCUGGAAAGGCUAAGCACAGUUGCAUGCCAUGACAUGCUUGCAGGAAGUGGGUAUCAAGUUCUUGGUUCAAGUGCAUAUUACAUCAUUCUGCAAGGCUCUGUCUCAACAAUGUCAGAUGUCGCACCCACAACUGGUGCAAAACACAACCGUUGCGUCUCAUCACCAAGGAAAGAAAGAAGAAUUGUGCUUGGUCCUGGUGAAUGCUUUGGAGUUUUGAAAGUGAAGGAAGAACCACCAGUAACACAAUGUACAUCUGUUGUGACAAGGGAGCCAUGUGUGUUUCUCAAAAUAUCAGCAGCAGACUUUGAGAGAGUUGUCGAGCAAAUGAAAGUGAAGAAAUAUGAAGACAAAUCACGUCUUCUCAAGUCUUGUCGACUCAGAACUCAAUGGCCAAGAAAGUCACUUGAUAUCACAGCUGACCUUCUGACUUGGAAAAGAGUGAAGCCCAAUGAAGUUCUUUGCAGUGAAGGUCGGUUGGCACCAUUCAUUGGAUUUGUUCGACAAGGAGAAUGUUGUGUUUUGAGGCAAGUCUCACAGAGUGGCAGCUCUUCAGAUGCAAGUGGUGGUGAUGAAGGUCAUAAUGUUAAGAUGGGCAAGUUAAGUGCUGGUGACUUCUUUGGUCACAUGAGCCUCAUCCAGAGAUUGCCAAUGAAAUACUCAGUUGUUGCAACAUCGAAAGUGGUUUUAGGCAUCAUAACUGAAGAAAAGGUGGCAGAGUUGGAUGAAGUGACUGUUGCUUUGUUGCUCCAUUCAGGAAUGGGAUGUCAAGAAUUAUCACAGACAAGGUUCUUAUUAGGAAGAAGUGCAGAGAACAUACAUCACCCUGCAGUUGGAGAAGGAAUGGCAGCAAUUCAAGCAAGGUGUUGUGUCUGACGUUAUCAACAGCAGAGGUAUCAUCCCUGGUAUUGGAAAAUGGCAGCAUCAACAGCGACAGCCAUAGUGAUUAUAGUAAUCAAAAUAAUUAUGAAAUUAAUGACUGCAAAGUAGACAUUAACA